CGCUUACCACUCUGAUACCCUCUAGGGUUCUUACUACGAUUGUUGUGUUCCUGCUCAGUUUUGUAUCGGCGCCGCUUCCUUCACCAUGGUGAACGUUCCAAAGACAAAGAAGACUUACUGCAAGAGCAAGGAGUGCAAGAAGCACACCUUGCACAAGGUUACACAAUACAAGACAGGCAAGGCUAGUAUUGCUGCUCAGGGGAAGCGUCGUUACGAUCGCAAGCAGUCUGGUUAUGGUGGUCAGACCAAACCAGUCUUCCACAAGAAGGCAAAGACCACGAAGAAGAUUGUCCUGAGGCUCCAAUGCCAGGGCUGCAAACAUGUGUCCCAGCACCCAAUCAAGAGGUGCAAGCACUUUGAAAUUGGUGGAGACAAGAAGGGGAAGGGAACAUCUCUGUUUUAAAUGCAUUAUUUUGCUUGUACUUUUGUGCUGCACUUCUAUUUUGUUGGAGCUUUUAAGCAAGUAUGGAGAUUUGUUCAAGUUUUUGUUAGUUUACUUUAAACAUCAAAGUGUUUGUGGCACUUUUUCUGUUAUCAGUUGAGAAUUGAGAUUAGAGUUCCAAUACAGCGUUCACCGUUGUCACUAA